AUGUCUCCUUAUGAUCCAGAUGAGGGUCUAUCAAUUACAGGAUGGAGAGUGCAACGCUGGAAAUCAUCACUUCAGCCUGUUGUUCUUCACCAAAUAUUUGGAAAUCCUACUUCCAGUUUUGGUGGGCAGGCACCAAUGCAAACUGUUUGGCUAUCCAAAGUGGACACAAGCAUACAACCAACUAGUGAUUUUAAAAGUCACCAAGCAGCAGUGACAACAGCAACCACUGAUGCAAGGAAGACUCCUGAUUCUAGAACACUUGCUCGAAUAGUCUAUUCUGCUCAUGGUGGAGAGAUUGCUGUUGCUUUCCUCCGGGGUGGGGUUCACAUCUUCUCUGGUUCGAACUUUUGUAUACCUAGUGGAAUAUUUAAGCCAAAAACUGAUGUCGGCCAGUACAGCUCGAUUGAGAGUCCAGGUGGACAUUCCGGGUUGGGUGUGUCACCCAAAGCAUUGUUAAAAUUGGGUUCCACCCCCAAUAAUAUCAAUGGAAUGUCCAACCUUAAUUUUCAAAACUUCAAGAUGAGGCGAAGGUGAAAAUGAAUAGAUUGGACGAUGAUUUAUGUAUGAAUUUGCAAAACGGACUAAAAACGUGAGUUUGAACCCAUGUUUUCUGUCAAAAAUGCAAAUUUUUUAUUUUCUCCAAACAUUUUCCAUGAGCAUAAUGGAAAACUUUGUAAGGCA